UAUAGAUCAAAAUGAAUAAUACAAAGACAUCUAUCCCCACCUUCAUUCUCAAAACCUAUCAAAUGUUGGAGGUAUGAAAUCAAUUGCCUAAUUUAAAGGAUCAAAAGAGUACAAAUGUAAUUAGUUGGACUUCCUAAGGAACUGCAUUUAUAGUGUACAAUUAAGUGUUAUUGGAAAAAGAAGUCUUAUAGAAUUUCUUUAAGCAUAGCAAUUAUUCCAGCUUUGUAAGGUAUAGAAAGUAGAAUAUGAUUGUAGAUAAUUGAAUUUAUAUAAUUUUAAAAAAGUGAAAUCAAAUGAAGGUUAAAUAUUCAAACAUAAAUGUUUCCGCAAAGGCAUGAAGUAAUUUUAAAAAUUUAAACUUAGAUCAAUGUUAUAGUUUAUAAAAAGAAAGAAUUAGGAUGAAUCAGCAGUUGGUUCUAACCCUCUAGUCUAAGAAGAGCCAAGUAUUUCUGUAAUAUAUUAAAUAGUCAUCCAUAUCAAGGAGGAAUAGAAUUUAUUUAAGGAGUGUGCCAUUGACAUCAAAGAAACGAACAAUAAACUAAAAGAGGAUAUGAAAUUAUUAUAAGAAACAUCUUCAUAUUUAAUUGAUUAAAUGCAAAAUCUUAAUCAUGUAUUUAUUAAAUAAGACACCAUAGUUUGUUUAUAACUAGAGUGUUGAUAUAGAAGUCAAAUUCAAAUAAGUUGGAUAAAUGUUGCAUGCAAUAAAUGAAGAACUGAGGCAAGAGAGUAAGAAUUGAAUCUAUAAAUGUAAGAUAAAAGUGAACCUAUUACAAACAAAUUUAUAGACAAAAAGGAAGAUUGUUUUUAAGAAUCAAAAAUUGGUUCUCCAAACCCAUAUGUGGAUUACAAUAGCACAGCACUCAAUCCAUUGGAUUAUGAGUAUUUUAUAGACUCAUUUUUAUGAAAAC